UUGUUGAAUGAAUCCUGACCACACCCACCCUGGCUUUUCUUCACCUCUUCAACCAGGAGCCGAGAUUUCUGUUGGUCUGAAGCCACCCAGGGGUCUAUAACCAGAAGAGAGAGGAGAGCCUCAGGAGUUAGGACCAGAAGAAGCCAGGGAAGCAGUGCAAUGGCUUCAAAAAUCUUGCUUAACGUACAAGAGGAGGUAUCCUGUCCCAUCUGCCUGGAGCUGUUGACAGAACCCUUGAGUCUAGGCUGUGGCCACAGCCUCUGCCGAGCCUGCAUCACUGUGAGCAACAAGGAGGCAGUGACCAGCCCAGAAGAAAAAAGCAGCUGUCCUGUGUGUGGUAUCAGUUACUCAUUUGAACAUCUACAGGCUAAUCAGCAUCUGGCCAACAUAGUGGAGAGACUCAAGGAGGUCAAGUUGAACCCAGACAAUGGGAAGAAGAGAGAUCUCUGUGAUCGACAUGGAGAGAAACUCCUACUCUUCUGUAAGGAGGAUAGGAAAGUCAUUUGCUGGCUUUGUGAGCGGUCUCAGGAGCACCGUGGUCACCACACAGUCCUCACAGAGGAAGUAUUCAAGGAAUGUCAGGAGAAACUCCAGACAGUCCUCAAGAGGCUGAAGAAGGAGGAGGAGGAAGCUGAGAAGCUGGAAGCUGACAUCAGAGAAGAGAAAACUUCCUGGAAGUAUCAGGUACAAACUGAGAGACAAAGGAUACAAACAGAAUUUGAUCAGCUUAGAAGCAUCCUAAAUAGUGAGGAGCAGAGAGAGCUGCAAAGAUUGGAAGAAGAGGAAAAGAAGACGCUGGAUAAGUUUGCAGAGGCUGAGGAUGAGCUAGUUCAGCAGAAGCAGUUGGUGAGAGAGCUCAUCUCAGAUGUGGAGUGUCGGAGUCAGUGGUCAACAAUGGAGCUGCUGCAGGACAUGAGUGGAAUCAUGAAAUGGAGUGAGAUCUGGAGGCUGAAAAAGCCAAAAACGGUUUCCAAGAAACUGAAGACUGUAUUCCAUGCUCCAGACCUGAGUAGGAUGCUGCAAAUGUUUAGAGAACUGACAGCUGUCCGGUGCUACUGGGGUAAGAAAAAGUUACAGUCUUUAAAUAACUGUUUUCCAAUUACCUUUCAGAAGUUUAUGGUUUCAAUGAUAUCUUCUGAUCUUAGCCUCAUGCGUUCUCAGCACCUCCCAAAACAUUUGCUAAAUACAUUUCUCCAGUGUUUUACCCCUCCAAUUCAUCAGUGCAAGUUUUUCAGUCACUUCCCAAGUUCCUUCAUUACAAUGUCACUAGAUAAACCUACUCCAUAUCUGUCACCUAAUCAUAUAUAUCACAUAGAUGAUUAUAUUCAUAUGCAUAUAUAUAUAUAUAUUUUUUUUCUUGCAGUGGAUAUCACACUGAAUUCAGUCAACCUAAAUUUGAAUCUUGUCCUUUCAGAAGAUCAGAGACAAGUGAUAUCUGUGCCAAUUUGGCCUUUUCAGUGUUAUAAUUAUGGUGUCUUGGGAUCCCAAUAUUUCUCCUCUGGGAAACAUUACUGGGAAGUGGACGUGUCCAAGAAAACUGCCUGGAUCCUGGGGGUAUACUGUAGAACAUAUUCUCGCAAUAUGAAGUAUGUUGUUAGAAGAUGUGCAAAUCAUCAAAAUCUUUCCUCCAAAUACAGACCUCUAUUUGGCUACUGGGUUAUAGGGUUACAGAAUAAAUGUAAGUAUAGUGCCUUUGAGGAGUCUUUGUCCUCUGAUCCCGAGGUUUUGACUCUCUCCAUGGCUGUGCCUCCCUGCCGUGUUGGGGUUUUCCUUGACUAUGAAGCAGGCAUUGUCUCAUUUUUCAAUGUCACAAGCCAUGGCUCCCUCAUUUACAAGUUCUCUAAAUGUUGCUUUUCUCAGCCUGUUUAUCCAUAUUUCAAUCCUUGGAACUGUCCAGCUCCCAUGACUCUAUGCCCACCAAGCUCUUGAAUUUUCUCAUUUCUUCACCUACAACCCUUUGUCUUGACUUAUCUCCUGCAACUGACUCAUCUGCAACAUUCAGACCAUUGCUUCCUUGUGGUUUCCCUUCUUUAGAACUUUUUCUUAUCCUUGAGAUGUACAGUGUAUUUGCUUUGAGUUAUGAGAGAUGCUUCUUUAUUCAUUUACUCUUUUUCAUAUUUUCAGAGAAAGUUACCUAAUCCCUCCUAAAGACACAGCAGUAUGGGUAUAACAUCCUUGCCUUCCCAUUUAUCCGUGUUUCACUUUAUCACUGAUGUGAAGAGGCCCAAAGCCUGUUAGCCGCCAUCCAUGCUACCUGGGUAGUCCAUAGGAACCACCCCCAUGACCACCACCAACAUCAACUAAAGGUUCUUGGAGGGUAUGUCAGUGUGUUGCUCAGGAUACCCCAGGUACAUCAAGGAAUCAAGGAGAGGAAAAUAUGAGCAAUAUGUGUACUCAGAGUGAAGAUUUUAUGUCCAGAGUAUUUGAGCUCAAACCUUGUCUCUUGUUUUCUAAUCAUGAUGAAUACUUUCUCAGUUUCUUUUUCCUGAAACAUAAAUUGGGAUUUAAGACUGUACCUAACUAUUGAGAUCACUGUGUAAAACUAAGUGUCUCUAAAUGUAAUGCAUCGAUUUAGUGUCUGGAACAUAAUAAAUAUUUGCUCUCAUGAUUACUAAAAA